AUGUCCCAAUCUCAACAGAUUAGGUACCAAAUUUAUGUCACCAUGGUAUGGAUAUCGUACGCCGUGGCCAUUGUGAAACUGCCAGGAUCUCCUCCGCAAACCUACACUCCUGAACGUGGUCACUGGAAACGAUGGUGCUACAAGUGCAAGGUUCAGAAACCACCCAGAACUCACCAUUGCAAGUCAUGCAACAAAUGUGUGCUUCAAAUGGACCAUCAUUGUCCAUGGACUCUUAAUUGUGUUGGUCAUGGAAACUUGCCUCAUUUUCUUCGCUUUCUCGUGUGGGUGGUGUUCACUGCGGCCUAUACUUUUGUCAAGCUUUUUCAGCGAGCUAUAUCAUUCUAUCAUGAUCGAAACUUACCCAUGUACCUCACUAACAAGGGCGAAAUGGUAGCGGUGAUAUUUCUUCUUCCACUAGUCGGAUUUAUCUGGUUGAGUGUGCUGAUCCUCCUCAUACGAUGCGUAAUUCAUGUGGUUACAGGCACCACUCAGAUAGAGGCAUGGGAAAAAGAACGCAUAGAAAAUCAAGUAACGACACAAAGGUUUUGGGAUAAAGUAGGUGAUAACUAUAAACUGUGCCAUGGCCGAGAAUUGCCUAAACUAGAAUCGUGGAUUCGUCCAGGAAGCCCUAUGAGAGCCGAUGACAUCAUUUUCCCCUAUGACCAUGGGUUUUACAAAAACACAGUCAAUGCAUUGGGUCCACCUUGGAAAUGGCUUCUUCCAUGGAGCGGACCCUCAACUGAUGGUAUACAUUACGAAAUUAACUACGAUGAACAACUCGAUCUUCCAUGGCCCCCAGAUGGUGGUUUCAAAAGCGGAGGUGAGCCACAUGUAUAUAGAGACAACAGCUCCGAAUGGACCAACGAUAUGGGUGAGACAUUGCAAGACUACGGAGUUGACAUAGCCGCCGAAGCUAGUUCUUAA